AUGUUUGGUACGCUGGUUUCGACCGGCCUCGAUCGGGAGACUCUGGAGUUCAUUGAGAACCCAGAUCCAGUUGCUGCAGCCGUCCGGAAUGUAUUCGACGAAGCAGACAACCAGACCAAGUCCAGCCGAGGUCUAUCGUUGGAUGAUUUGGACGGCAACAAGUUCAACGAUGGCUGUAUCGACGAAUCGCUGUUUAUGCCAUGGAUCAUGGAUACGCCCAUGCAGCUAAGCUCACCUGGUAGAUCGAGUUCGAGCAGUGGCGGCAUUCCAACCCCUGCCGCUGACCUCGCGGUAACGAGGCCUCCCUUUUCCGCAAGGAGGUGCAGUGCGACGGAGGCGGCGCAGGACCAGCUCCCAGGGAUUCCAACGGCCGAUCCUUCGUUUGCGUCGCUACUCGGGCCGUCGAAUAGCACCAGCACAGACGAUCCUGAAUGUUGGCAAGGUGUCCACCUGAGUCAACAUGAUAUUGUGUGGACGACGGCUGCCGAUGUACAUGCGACGAUGGGCUCGGCAUCCGACCCGCUGCCGCUUGAGCCUUUAGACAAGACCCACGCAGCAUCCGACAACUGUUGUCUGUUAAGUUCCGUCUCCUUUCUCGAAAGGCUGUCGUCCAAAAGCUCUUCUCGCGAGGACCGCCUUGACCUGCUCCUCGCUGACCUCCGCAACUCGAUCGAGACUCUGGCCGUUUUUAUCUCGUGCGACAGAUGUGCGACUCGAGUAGAGCAGAACAUGCUGCUUGCCAUGGCGGCCAGACAGAUCGGGGCCAUCUGCGGCCGGAUGGCCAACUGUUGCAAGGCGAUGAAUCAGGGGAGUCUCAGCGAGACAAGUUCCUCCCAGCAAGGGAGCGAUGCUGCCCCCUGUCCAAUUCCGGUUGAUGUUGCGGUUGCUACGUAUCGCGUUAACCGACGUGAGAAGCUGCACCUGCUGAGGAGUCUGGUGGCGUUGCAGAUCAUGGAUUUUCAGAGGCAAAUCAACACAAUCAAGUCUCGAUAUCGCAAUCGGCCAAAUAAAGGGCAAGUGGAGGCCCUCAGUGAGGCAGAGAAUUAUGUCAAGUUGGCGCAGGUUUCGCUCAGCAGUGAUUCAUGA